AUGAAAAUUCGCCACUGCAUCAAUCGAUGGUGAAGCGUUAUCAGGGUGACAUUCUUUAGUCUCUUUCGUGUAACGUGUUUGUACCGUGAAAGAACGUUUGGGGUUCGGCGUAUUAACGGCGCAAUUUGAAAAAUGGCAUGGUUAUGCGGUCGUGUUGUUUUCCAGACAUGUAGACGUACAUUUUCUCGAAACAUUAUUGCGCGUAGAGACGAUACAAAUUUCACUGAUCCGCUAGAUCAUGCAACCGGACAAGAGAAACGAGAAUUACUUGCUGCAGCUGCUGGCAAUUUUGAUCCAUAUCAUAUGAAAGCCUUAGAAAUAACAUCUGACAGCACAAAAGAAAAUCCAAAUUUAGUACCUAGUGUGUUCAAAAGUCGUAUUGUUGGAUGCGUUUGUGAAGAAGAUGCUGCUCACGUGAAUUGGAUGUGGUUACAUGAAGGCACUCCACGACGUUGCGAAUGUGGUCAUUGGUUUAAGCUAAUUGAAAAAGCACCUCUUUAAUGUCUUUAGAUUAAUUAGUGAGUUAUUUAAAACAUAGAAUUAAUGUUAUACAA